AUGUCGUCUCAGCCACUAAACGCCCAAGCACAACGCCUCAGAGCCCUCCACACACCAGGCAAGCCCCUCGUCUUGACAAACGUCUGGGACGCAAUAAGUGCAAAUGCCAUCGCCGAUCUUCCCGGCACAAAAGCGCUCGCAACAGCCAGUGCCGCCAUCGCCGCCGCAUCUGGUCUAUCCGACGACGAUCUGACCCUCACCGUCAACAUGCGUGCUGUGGAGUCGAUUGCCAAAGUAGCAGCUGCACACAAUCUCCCGCUGACCGUGGAUCUGCAGGACGGGUUCGGCGACGAGCUAGAGGAGGCCGUGAGACGCGUUAUCGAAUUAGGUGGGGUGGGUAUAAAUCUUGAAGACUACGGACGUGAGAUCGAUGGGCUGUAUGGUGUUGAGGAACAGUGCAGCCGUAUACGUCGCGUGAUGGUCGUUGCUCGCGAUAGUGGCGUGCCUGAUUUUGUAAUUAACGCGCGGUCAGAUGCGCUAUUCGCGGGUGGCGGAAUCGAAGAUGUUAUUAAGCGCGGGCAGGCGUAUCUAGAUGCUGGUGCCUGGAAUGUGUUCGUUUGGGGUGGACCAAGCAGGAAGGGCUGGGGUAGGGAUGAAGUUGGUAAGGUAUGCCGGGCUUUUGAUGGGAGGCUGAAUGUUAUUCUGGACAGAAUGAGCGGGAAUGGUCUGGCGAUCAGAGACUUGGAAGACAUUGGUGUUGCGAGAGUUAGUGUUGGUCCCCAGUUGAUGCGUCGGACAGCGGUACUGUUGGCGGGUGAGGCUCAAAAGAUACUUGAUGGAAAGUCUAGCGCAGCCGAGCCGUGA